AUGCCUAUCCCCAUGCAAGUGGCCUACAAGCCCAUCUCGAAGCCUGAGGUGGGUGUGAACAACUACCAAGGCUUCACACCCGGCAAGACCGAAGUUCUUCGCAAGGGCGCAAAACCCUACAACGCACGCCCUCUCGAAUCUGACAUUCGAAUCGACCAUGAUGUUGAGAUCGUGGUCAGAGAUGGCUGCCGUCUUUACGUCGAUAUUUACAGACCCGCCGAUGUCCCAGAAGAUGAGAAGCUACCUGCAGUGAUCAGUUGGUCGUGCUACGGCAAGAAGUAUUCCGCUCUACACAUGCUUCCAAUUUGCGUGUGGAAUUGCUGUGUGCCAAACGAGGCGCUCAGCGGAUUGGAGAAAUUCGAAGGACUUGACCCGGUUGUAUGGUGUCCGCGUGGGUAUGCCAUUGUUUCAGUGGACUCUCGUGGUACUGGCAACAGCGAUGGAUCCAUACCAAUCAUGGGCUCUCAAGAUGCAGAAGAUUGCUAUGACGUCAUCGAAGCCAUUGCAGCGAUGUCUUGGAGCAACGGCAAAGUAGGCAUGGCCGGCAACAGUGCCCUAGCCAUCAUCCAGUGGCACGUUGCGUCUCUGCACCCACCACAUCUCGCCGCCAUUGCUCCGUGGGAAGGGUCCGGCGACAUCUACCGCGAGCAGUUCUGUCGUGGAGGCGUUUUCAGCAUGUCGAACUUCGACCUCAUUACACACUUCAUCAUCAAGACGAACAACCCCGGCGGCGGCAUCGAGGACUUUGCUGAGAUGUACCGACGAUCACCGGUCACCAACGCUUACUGGGCCGACAAACGCCCAGAUAUGACCAAGAUCGCAGUCCCUGUGUUUAUCAGCGGAAGCGACUUUUCCAGUAUACAUACCAUGGGGUCGGUGAGGGGAUGGCUUGAGGUGCCUCACGAUAAGAAGUGGAUCCGAUGGAGUUCGCAUCAGGAGUGGUUCGAGUUGUACUGCGACCCUCGCGCGGACAAGGAACUGCACACCUACUUCGACAAAUAUCUUCGAGGCGUUGACAACGAUUGGGAGAAAAUGUCGAAGGUGCGGUGGUCGGCGCUCCAGUUUGGUGAUCAGGAGGCCAUCGAUGGCAUCGAGUUAUCGGAUUUCCCUGUCCCAGAGACGGAGUACAAGGCGUUCUAUCUGUCCAGCUCAGGCUUGACCGAUCAAGCUCCUUCCGAGACCGAGAUCAUCAGCUACAACUCAGAAGACUCAAAGUCGAUCGCCGACUUUACAUACAAGUUCAUGCAAAAGUCUCGACUGAUCGGUCUCCCAAAGGCAGUUCUGUACAUGUCAGCCCCGUCGCAUGACGACCUGAAUGUUUUCGUCAUUCUGCGCAAGCGAGACAAGAACGGCAAGCUGCUCAUGCAUCUCUGUUUCCCUUUCUCGGCGAUACCUUCAUCGUACAAGAGCAUUGAUGAUAUCCCAGAGAAAGAGCGAGCGAGCUUGAACCUGCACCUGGGCAGUGUUGGUGUGCUGCGUGCCAGCCACCGAGCAUUCGACCCAGCACGAAGCAUCCAUGAGCAAUUCCCGUUCCACCCGCACGACAAGGAGGAAAAGAUUACUCCUGGUGAAAUUGUGAAGCUGGAGAUCGGUAUAUGGUCGAUGGGCGUCGAUUUCGAUGAGGGUGAAUCGAUCAGCGUGCAGGUCUCCGGAUCAUUCCCGAGUAUUGCGGAGUAUACAGCCUUCUCGACACCGCGGCCGAAGCACGAGAAGAACAAGGCGUUACGCACGUGCAUAACAAUCGAGCAACCAUCAUACUUGUUGGACUGGAUGCUCCGCUUGCGACAUCCUCAAAGAUUGUGUCCAUGGCUCCGGACCCCUGUUAAUGAUAUUGGCAAUUGCAAAGGCGGAAGCUGA